GAUAUUUACUCAUUAGACUCUGCACUACCCAUUCUCAUAUCUCUUUUCAAGAAACACUCUCCCUCACAGGGAAACCUCUCCUCUUCUUAACUCACAUUUUGAAUUUAACCUUCUCAAAGUAUCUCCAACAAAACUAAAUCCUAGUUAUUAAAAAAGAGAAUUAAAAAUGGCUAGGAUAGGAGGUAUUCUUGUUUGUUUAGUCAUCGCAGGCUUAGAUGUAGGUGCUGCAAUACUCGGAAUCCAAGGAGAAGCCUCUCAAAAUCAGGUGAAGCACAUGAAGCUGUGGCUAUUUGAGUGUAGAGAGCCGAGCCAGGACGCGUUCAGGCUAGGUCUAGGUGCAGCAGCGAUAUUGGUAAUGGCCCAUGUCCUCAUCAAUUUGGUCGGAGGCUGUCUAUGUAUUUGCUCUCAGGACGAGUUUCAAAGAUCUUCUUCCACUAAGCAAAUCUCCAUGGUUUGUCUCGUCGUCACUUGGAUCGUAUUCGCCGUUGGAUUUGGAGCUUUGGUGAUUGGAGCGAUGUCGAACAGCAAGUCAAGAUCCUCUUGUGGGUUCACACAUCACCAUUAUCUAUCCAUUGGAGGGCUCUUGUGUUUUCUUCAUGCCCUCUUUUGUGUCGCGUAUUACGUUUCUGCCACUGCGGCUAAAGAUGAAGCUGCUAAGUGACAAAGACAGUCACGAUCAGUGAUGGAAAUGGUGGGUCCUUGUCCUUGACUAUGAUGGUAAUUGUGUAACAAUUUAUGUAAAAUUAUUUAACAUAAUGCAUUUUUUUUUCUUAAAUUGUUUCACGCAUUUCAAAGUUCUUUUGUAAUUUGGACAUAUUGAGAAAAGCGAAAGCUUUCUCUGUCUUUUAUGUCACGCUCUGUCGUCGCAUGUGGGAUUAAAAUGCACUAAUGAUAAUGACGUUUAAUGGAA